AUGGCCUCCCGCAAGAAGGUCCUGCUCAAGGUCAUCAUCCUGGGUGACUCUGGUGUCGGAAAGACAUCGUUGAUGAACCAGUACGUCAACAAGCGCUUCUCGUCUGCAUACAAGGCGACGAUCGGAGCCGACUUCCUCACGCGCGAGGUGAUGGUCGACGACCGCCUCGUCACCAUGCAGCUGUGGGACACGGCGGGCCAGGAGCGAUUCCAGUCGCUCGGCGUCGCCUUCUACCGCGGCGCCGACUGCUGCUGCCUCUGCUACGACGUGAACAACGCAAAGUCGUUCGAGACGCUCGACUCGUGGCGCGACGAGUUCCUCAUCCAGGCCGCACCGCACGAUCCCGAAAACUUCCCCUUUGUCGUGCUCGGCAACAAGAUCGACGUCGAGGAGAGCAAGCGCAUGGUCUCGCAGAAGCGCGCCAUGACGUGGUGCCAGUCCAAGGGCAACAUCCCCUACUUUGAGACGAGCGCAAAGGAGGCCAUCAACGUCGAACAGGCCUUCCAGACCAUCGCGCGCGCCGCCCUCCAGCAGGAGGCAGAGGCCGAGCUGUACGCCGACUACCCAGACCCGAUCCGAAUCGACCAGGACAACCAACAAAGCGGAUGCAACUGCUAG